AUGAGAUCAAUCAUUUUAAGAAGCCAAUUAAAGGCGGGAUUGUUCAUAAAUGGUCUAAACAAUUUAGUAAAAUGCAGCAAUUAUAAAUUGAGAAGAAAUCAAUCUUCAACUCAUGGUCCAUUAUCUAUUUUGAGCGAGGAUGAACAAUUUUUCAAGGAAACAGUUAGCAAAUUUUCUCAAGAACAAAUUACACCACUAAUAAAAAAAAUGGACCAUGAACAUAAAAUUGACGACGAACUUGUAAAAAAAUUAUUUGAAAACGGCUUUAUGGGUAUUGAAAUAGACCAAGAAUAUGGUGGAUCGGGAUCAUCAUUUAUGUCUAGUACUUUAACUGUAGAAGAAAUAGCAAAAGUGGAUCCUUCAGUUUCAGUAUUAGUUGAUUUACAAAAUACUCUAGGAAACAAUGUUAUGAUAAAGAUGGGUAAUAAAGAACAAAAAGAAAAGUAUUUACCACGACUUGCACAGAACACCGUUAGCAGUUUUUGCUUGUCAGAGCCUUCAUCAGGGUCAGAUGCAUUUGCCUUAAAAACCACAGCUAAAAAAGAUGGAGAUCAUUAUUACAUAAAUGGAACUAAGAUGUGGAUAUCGAAUUCUGAUAUUGCAGGCAUUUUUUACGUUUUUGCUAAUGUCGAUAUCUCUAAGGGUCACAAAGGUGUCACUUGUUUUAUUGUAGAACGAGAUCAAGAAGGCUUUUCAGUUGCUAAGAAAGAAGAUAAACUAGGCAUGAAAGCUUCAGGAACAUGUGUUCUUCAUUUCGAUAAUGUCAAAGUACAUAAAGAUAACAUUAUUGGUAAAAUUGGUGAAGGUUAUAAAAUAGCAAUAAAUUUUCUGAAUGAAGGAAGAAUAGGAAUUGGUGCGCAAAUGGUAGGUAUAGCUCAGGGAUGCUUGGAUCACACAAUACCAUAUACAUUAGAAAGAAAACAAUUUGGUUCAAGUAUUUUUGACUUUCAAUCUAUGCAGCAUCAAAUUGCUCGAGCAGUAACUGAAGUUGAAACUGCUAGACUAAUGGUAUACAAUACUGCAAGAUUAGUAGAAGCUGACUUGCCAUUCAUUAAAGAAGCAGCAAUGGCUAAAUAUUAUGCUUCAGAAGUUGCAGGCAAAGUUACAUCCGUAUGUAUUGACUGGAUGGGUGGUGUAGGUUUUACAACUGACUACCCACAGGAAAAAUUCUAUAGAGAUUGUAAAGUUGGCCCAAUUUAUGAAGGAACAACAAAUAUGCAACUAACUACUAUCGCCAAGUUUAUUAAAAAAGAAUAUGAAAAAUAAUUAUUUUUCUUUGUAUAUUUAAAAUAAAUAAAUUUUAGC